CGUUCUUCUUGAUCGAUUGAGCAAUGAUUUAUCAUGUCUCUGCCUGAUUGCCGUCGCACAAUUUCUCGACGACAAGUGGGAGCCUGAUCUGAUGACCUCCCCAAAGCUAAAAUAGCGAUAGCAGCUUUCCAUAUCUCCAACUUGACUCCCUAUGAAAGCAAGUUAAUGCGGAUCAGAUCAUCCAGAAAUUUCCGCAAUGUCCCACUACAGAUCCGCCAUGAGCGAAAUUACGAAGCUCAUUCAUAUCCAGCCGACCAUUUCGAGCCCAAUCUAUCAAAUCCGUUUUACGAUGCAGCAACUUGACGACGACAACUUCGAAACGCAGUCAAUACGAGUCAACGAAGCAGAGUUGAUCCAUAUCAACCACAUCCAAUCGCUGCAAGAAGAUCCUGAGUUGCAAGAUCACUUGAAAGAUACUUGUCAAUCACGUGAUGUUGAUGACCAUCUUCAACUCUCACAUACCUCUAUCGAGGCUUCAAAUCAAAGAACGAACUAUCAGAAGUUUAUUAAUAUCAAAAUCCAAGGCUCUUGUGCGAUGCCUGAGCCAGCGACAGCAAUAAAUCAGGAAGAGCACGAUGAAUAUAAACGCGAUUCACCAGAUGAGAAGGUCACGACAGGGCCAGAAAUCAAAGAAGAGCAGGAGGGCGAAAUGGCAAGAUUGGAUGCAGAAAUCGAAGAGUUGACAAAAGGAAUCGAAGAAAUGAAAGCUCUCGCUCAGGCAACUGUUGACGAGCUUAAUCGUUGCAGUCCUGUUUGGGGGCGGAGAGGUCAAGAGAUGGAUCUCUUUGAUGACAAGAUCCGUAACACUCGACCAAGGAUCAAGCAUGUCAAGUAAGGGAUACAAAGGUCUUUUGGCGUACGAUUAGUUCUGGAUGAGAGGAGCGAUCUGGCUUUUCGGUCUUCCAUUAGGAGCUCUUAUCACGUGUGAGGGUCUGGAUUGUUUUUGCUUUUGUGAUAAACCACCUUCCAAAAACUACCUACUGCCCGAUUCGAGAUAUUAGAGGCUUCGAUUAGCUUACGGCUAUGCGAUCUCGUUAUCUUGUUGGUUCCUUGGAAACCCCACAUACUGAAGAAUUGACGACUCGCUACCGACGGACCAAUCCACGAUCAAAUGAUACUCAACCAACUCAGAUGCAGGUCAGAUCUCAAGAGCAAGACCACAGAGUAAGCUUGCAGAUAUUGAAUCAUACGGAAUUCCGUAUG